AUGAAUGAUGUGAACAGGCUGGUAAAUACAGUGGAUCCUGGAUACAGUGGUUCAGUAUGGAUAGGUCUCCAUGCUGAGACAGAGUAUCGCUGGGUCUGGUCUAUGGGGGACAGUGUGAUCUCCUGGGACAGUAUGUGGCAUCCAGGAGAACCAAAUGGUGAUGGGGAGUGUGUGAGGAGUUUUAAUGGAAGCUGGUAUGAUGAGAGCUGCAGCGCUAUUCUCCCAUUUGUGUGUUUCAAUGACAGCACUUAUUAUUGCAGACAACACCACACUGAUUUGGCAAGUAUCAGCAGCCCAGAGCAGCAGAAUCUGCUCAGUGAUAAAUCAUCGCUCUGGAUUGGUCUGUUUCUGGACUCUUGGGAAUGGUCCGAUCAGAAGAGUCUCAGUUUUAGACAUUGGGAAGCAGAUCAACCAUCCCAGAGUUCAGGAUCUGGUGAUUGUGUUGCGAUGUCAAGAAAAAAAUCUGGAAAAUGGGCUCAAUACAGCUGUGAUCUACAGCAGCCUUUUAUUUGCUAUGGAGACAAUAAGUUUCCACAAAUUUCUGGUCUUUCUCGCCCGUACUUCUAUAUAAAUAAAGCAAUGUCAUGGCCAGAGGCUCAGAGUUACUGCAGAGAGAGAUUCACUGAUCUGGCUACUGCAGACAGCAUGGAUGAUGUGAACAGGCUGGUAAAUAUAGUGGAUGCUGGAUACAAUGGAUCAGUGUGGAUUGGACUGAAGGGGGGGACACAGAAACGCUGGGUUUGGUCUGAUGGAGAAAACAACACUUCUCAGUACUAUAACUGGGAUUCAGGACAGCCAGAUGGGGAUGGAGAUUGUAUUGCUACUAAUUCUGGGGCUUGGCAUGAUGUGCCAUGUUACAUUAAUCUAUAUUUUGUGUGCUAUGGAAAUUCUGGAUACAUCUUAGUAAAAAGCCUAAAAACAUGGAGAGAUGCUCAGAGCUACUGCAGACAACAUUAUACAGACCUGCCCACCAUCCGCAACAUUUCAGAAAAAAACCAGAUAAAUCAAAUUCUUUUAUCUGGAUAUUACAUCUGGAUCGGUCUGUUCUUUGACUCUUGGGAAUGGUCUGAUAAAUGGAGUCGUGUCUUCAGACACUGGGCAGCAGAUCAACCAUUCCACGCUUCAGGAUCCGGUGACUGUGUUGCGAUGGCAAGAAACAACUCUGGCAGAUGGGCUCAAUACAGCUGUGAUCUAAAGAAGCCUUUUAUCUGCUAUGGGGAUGACAAGAGAAAACAAAUUGUGAGACUGAAAGUCACAUGUAAGGGAAAAUGUGCAUUGAAUGAUCCUUCACUACAGACGGCCAUUCUCAAUGAGAUAAGUGAAAAACUGAAGAACAUGAUUUUGGAGAGUGACAGCAAAAUAAGCUGGAGAAAGGGGGAAGAUGGAGAGCUGUUUCAUCUGGAGAAAAAUCAUACAGUUAAUUUAGAUAAUAAAUAG